AUGUGGCAUCAACCAACGACGGCAACACUGUCGGGUUGGGCUACACCACACACCAUGGUGUUUACAUUUAGCAGCUGAUCGUCGGCACACUUCGUCAGAUUGUAAUGGCUGAUGUUUAUACCAAUCCAGAGAAGCAUGUGGUACUUCACAACAAUGUUAAAUUGCCUGUUCUUGGCUUAGGUACAUCUCAUAAUGGUGGAUACAGCCAUGAAGCUGUGGUUUAUGCUCUGAAAAAUUGUGGUUAUAGACACAUUGACACCGCUAAACGAUACGGCUGUGAAACAUAUAUCGCCCAGGCAAUUAAGGCAUCAGGGGUACCACGGGAGGAAAUCUUUUUAGCAACGAAAUGUUGGCCAGCGGACUAUGGCGCUGCCACCACCAGAGAAGCCUUUAACGGCUCCUGUCAAAGACUAGGAACAGAUUACCUCGAUAUGUACCUCCUUCACUGGCCAGAUGUCCCAUCAGGUGUAAAGGACAAAAAGAAACUCUUACAGGACACAUGGCGGACGCUGGAGGUGUUACUUGACGAAGAGCGAGCAAGAGUCAUUGGUGUGAGUAACUUCUUGGAGCAUCACCUGGAAACAAUCAUGGAUGAGUGUUCUGUUGUUCCUCAAGUCAAUCAGUGUGAGUUUCAUCCAUACAACAACCCUAAAAAACUCCGUGCCUAUUGUGCAGAGAGGAACAUACAGUUUGAGGGCUAUUCUCCACUUGCUAAAGGCUUGGCCUUAAAGAACACUACAGUGAAGAGCAUUGCUGAGGAUUGUGGGAAAACGACGAGCCAGAUUCUUAUCCGCUGGAACUUGGACAAAAAGAUUCCUGCUAUCCCAAAAUCAACUAGAGUAGAGCGAGUGUUGGAAAAUUCUCAGGGAUACUGUCCACUAGGCAAUGGCCAAAUUCUUAAUGAACCCCAAAUUCAAGAGAUUGCCGAUGUGCACAACAAAUCCCCCGCCCAGGUCCUCAUUCGUUGGAAUCUUCAGAGGAGAGUUGUGUGUAUUCCAAAGUCCACCAAGGAGCACAGGGUCAAAGAGAAUGCUGAGGUGUUUAAUUUCGUUCUCACGGAUGAAAACAUGGCAAGAUUGGACAAUAUGGCACAAAAUUUAACCAUCAUGGAUCCCAGUUCUAUACAAGCUAAGAUUGACAACCCCUUACCUGAUGGAUACAAGCUCAACAUUAUCAAUGUACCAGCAGAACCAUGAAGCAUAACUUGAAAGGUACCAGGUGUUAUUAUACCUUUUGUCUUUAUGAAUGCAAUUGCUGAUCUCUGCUUUGGCUUGUCUGACAGUAGACUGAACUGUGUCUUCCAGAAGAUUCGGCUUCAUGUUGGAAGUCAGGGUUCAGCCUAGUUUGUGGUAUUUGAGAAUGAAGUUUGGAUAUGCUAUAGUUAGGUGACAAGGAGAAUACAAGCAGUGGAGUUGCUUGCAAACAUUGAGUCUUGAAGAGAGUGCACUGAAUGAGGUUUGAGGCUUUAAGAUGAAGUUACAUAAAAUAGAAAGGAGAAAUUAAAAAGAAAUAGUUGGAGUGUAGGUCACUUGGGUAUGUGUAGAUGAUGGUUGAAAAAGAGAAACAUAAAUCGAGUAUAGAAUAGUGGGGUGAUAGCAAUUGAGAUCAACUGGGAAAGGUAAAAUAAAGGAGUAAUGAAACAAUGUGGUGUUAUACAUGGACAGGAGUGCACAAAGGAGACUGAACCUGUCAUUUGGGUUAUAGGAGACAAUGGUAUAGAUUUAACUUUUGCAGGACACACGCAUAUUAAUUUUAUAAUCUGCCCCUCAUCCUCAAAUUCUGUUUUGUACUGUCCUUCAAUUACUGCUAUUAUCUCAUUCUAUUCUAUUUCUUGUUAGUUCAAUUUAUUUUUUCUAUUAUAAUCACUUUUUAAUUUGUGUUUUGUCUUCAAUUGUAUUAUGGAUAAAACAAUGCUCAUUACAUUACACAUUCUUCUUCCAGCUGCCAGUUGAGACUGCUUUACUUAGUGAAUGGCAGAUCAACCACUAGAAAUUUUCAACAAUUUUUUUUUGCAUUUUUGUUUUGUCUUUAGAACUGGAAGAGACGUAGUGAUAGUAACUGAAGUGUUUUUGAACGAUACCGCAUAUUUUUCCCUUCAAUGGAUACUCAAAAGGUAACAUAAUGUAAAUGGAUAGAAAUACCUGUACAGGUACAGUAUUAUCUGCACAGAAAUUGAAGUUGAAGCAUGUACUGUACUUGGAGCCAGAAAGCAUUACAGUAGAUUAUAGAAUGACAUUGUCAGCAGAUUCUGCCAUAUCAAGACUACUUUAUAGGGAAGUUGAUGGUUUGUAUGGAAAUGAUUUAAGAAUUUUACAUUAAUUUCAUAAAAUGUAAGGGCAUUCUUAUUAAAAAUAGACGAGUGA